GAUACAGAUAAGGCUACAUUUUGCUGUGAAAUGGCAGAUACCACUAUUUCAGUUGCUCAGGAUGAAUUCAAGUGCCCAAUCUGUCUGGAUUUACUGAAGGAUCCAGUGUCCAUUCCCUGUGGACACAGUUACUGCAUGGGCUGUAUUACAGACUACUGGGAUCAGAAGAGAGUCUACAGCUGCCCUCAGUGCAGACAGACCUUCACUCCAAGACCUGUUCUAGGAAAGAAUACAGUGUUUGCUGAAAUGGUGAAGAACCUCCGAGGUGCUCCUGCUGACUAUUUCAUUGGACCUGGUGAUGUGGAGUGUGAUUCCUGCACUAAAAGAAAACGCAAAGCUGUUAAGUCUUGCCUUGAAUGUCUGAAUUCAUACUGUCAAAAUCAUCUGGAACAUCAUCAAAAUUUAUUUAAACAUAAGAGACACAAAUUGAUGGAUGCCACUGAACGACUACAGGAGACAAUUUGUUCUCAGCAUCAUAAACUGCAGGAAGUUUUCUGUCGUACAGAUCAGCAGUGCAUUUGUAUUCUAUGCACAAUGGAUGAACACAGACAUCAUGACACUGUUUCAGUUUCUGAAGCAAAAAUUGAAAAACAGAUACAAUUGGAAGAGAUACAAAGGGAAUUGCAGGAAAGAAUGCAGGACAAACAGAAGGAGCUUCAUGAGUUGAGAGAGGCUGUGGAGACUCAUAAGUGCUCUGCACAGGCAUUGGUUAAAGAAAGUGAAAGGAUCUUUACUAUGCUCAGCCACUCCAUUGAGAGAAGUCGCUCUGAGGUGAUACAGCUGAUCAGAGAUCAAGAAAAUGCUGAAGUAAUUCGAGCUGAAGAACUCUUGAAGCGUCUGGAGCAGGAAAUUGAAGAUCUGAAGAGGAGAGACGCUGAGCUGGAGCAGCUUUCACACACAGAUGAUCACAUUCAUUUCCUCCAGAGUUUUCAGUCUCUCUCUGUUCCUCCUGGAUACACAAACUCACUCAACAUCACAGUCAGUUCUCAUCUAUCUUUUGAUGAAGUAGGGAAUUCUCUAUCUAAACUAACAGAAGUAGUACAUUUCUGCAAAAGAGAAAUGGGUCAUAUAUCUGAUGGAGUAAAAUACAUUGAGAUCGUUUCCAAACCUAAACCCAAGACCAGGGAGGAGUUCCUACAAUAUUCCCAUCAGUUCACUUUGGACCAGAAUACAGUGAAUAAAAACAUCUCUCUGUCUCAGGAUAAAAAAAUGAUCUCUUAUACUGAUAUAGACCAGCUGUAUUCUGAACAUCCAGAAAGAUUUGAUUUUGAUCCUCAGGUGUUGUGUAGAGAAAGUGUGUGUGGACGCUGUUACUGGGAGGUUGAGUGGAGUGGUGAGGUGGAUAUAUCAGUGUCAUAUAAGAAAAUCAAGAGGAAGAGUAGGAAUGCUAAGAGUGCAUUUGGGUAUAAUACACAGUCCUGGAGUCUGUUCUGUAAGGCCAGGAUUCUUUUCAGUUCAUUUCCAUUCAAUUAUCCUGACUCAGUAUCCUUUAGUUACAGCAUUUGGCACAAUGACAAAGAAGAAGAACUAUUAAUUCACUCCAAAUGUUCUAGAAUAGGAGUGUUUUUGGAUCAUAGUGCAGGAACUCUGUCCUUCUACAGCGUCUCUGACAAAAUGACCCUCAUACACAGAGUCCACACCACAUUCACUCAACCUCUAUAUCCUGGAUUUGGAGUUUAUUCAAAAUCAACUCUAAAAUUGUGUGAUCUAUCUGCAUAGAUUAUAUAGAGAUUCAACCGGGUCUCAUGGCAGUUUGUGGAAUAGGCAAGAAAUUUAGAAUCUGUUGAUUCGUGUUCAUGGACACAAAUUUCCCCCUUUUUUUUCAUGUCAGUCAGCACAAACAUUUUUGAGUCAUUCAGCACGACUUUCAAUACACAGACCGCAUGUGCACAUACAUGAAUAUAUUCAUAACCUGAUAUCAUAGGAAGUCGUACAUAUUUUAGGAUGUGGCUAACCAACACCUUUACACACCUCAAGUCCUAAAAUCACAGCAGCAAAGGUAAAUUUGGGUAAAACGCACAUAUUUUACCAGCUGGCAAAGCAACUAUGAAGGUCCACCUUAACCCCGCCCCUAAACCUAGCGUCACAGGGGCAAAGUUAAAUUAUAAUAAAACGUACAAAUGAGCUUGUAGGAAUAGAAAUACCUUAGAUUGAGAA